UGAUGUCACCGCGUGGCCGCGGGCGCUCGGGAGUGCGUCUCGGUUGAACCUCAGGUUCGGUCAGGAGACAGACCAGCGAACUGCCGCGACUGCUGGGGAGCGCGCGGCGUGGACAAAGUGGUCAAGGGGAGAGGGGGGUUGUCUUCCUCUGCGCCCCCCCAGCUCGACUUUGUGCACUUGGACACCGAGGACCCUUUCUCUCGGGAUCACGCUGCUGCCCUGCACUGGAUCUGAGACCUGCCCCGACGGUGGACCCCUUAGAAAAGGCCGAGAAAUGUGCGCGCCAGCGGCCAUCCGCUCUUCCCGCUGCCCCGCGGCCCCGAGCCCUGGACGCGCCGCGUGACUCGGCCGCCCCCUGAGGCCGCCAGGACCUGGUCUUCUUGCCCGCUCGGGAGCCGGGAGCUUGAAUCUGCAGGACCCACAGAGCCAGGUCCCAUCCCCGCAGCCAUGGAUGCUCUGGGUCCUGAGGGCGACAGCGCCUCGCUGGCCUCUUCCACUCCCAGCCUGGACCUGAGACGUCUGUCCGCACGCGCCGACUCGGCCUACAGCUCCUUCUCCGCGGCCUCCGGAGGGCCCGAGCCGCGCACGCCAUCGCCGGAGACCGGCCCCAUCACCUGCCCCUAUCUUGACUGGGACUACGUGCGCGUGGUGUGGGGCAACUCGGGCCCAACCCCGGUCCCGCCCGCCGCCGGCCUUCGCACCCACCCGGUGGCGGAGGUGGAGCGGACGCGCUGCGGGACCCCUGCGCCAGGACCCGGAGGCCGGUUGCGCCUGAGCAGCCAGCAGCGGGACUGGUGCUUCUCAGAGCCAGGGAAGCUCGAUCACAUGGGUCAGGGCGCUGGGCCCGCAGGGAAAUGCCCAGCCGAGGCUUGCUCUGCCUCUGGCCUCAUCUGGCCGCAGCCCCAGGGGCUGCAGCCUGGGGCGGAGUGCGAAGGCCACCAGGUCCGACGGGGGACCCAGCUCCCAGGCACAGCAGACCGGGCCCUUGGAUCUUCGAAGCACCGUGAGGCUUACAGGCCGGCCAGCCGGAGUCAGCACACUUCCGGUGAAGACUUGGGCCGCUGGGGAGGCCCAGGUGGGGUUAUAGCCAACGUCCAGGCUGUUCCCCAAGGAGCAGAUCCCCCCAGAGCAUUGUGUCAAGGCAGACCCCCCAGGCUUCUGGUUCCGGAGGUGGUUGCAGCGGUGUGUCCUGCAAAAAGCCCCCAGGACAGCCCUGUGGACUGUGAGCAGAGGGUGCCUGCCCUGCUCCCUUCUCUGCCGGAUGAUGAUGUUUUCCUGGAAGAUGCUCCCUGGGUUCGAACGAGGUCAUCCCAAGACACCUAUCUGCCCCAGGGGCUUCCAACCAGUGCCUGUGCCACUGAUCAACAGGAUGGGGCUGACCUGGACCAAAGGGCUAGCCAGGUUACAGUCACCCCAGAACAGCCUCCCCAGGAUUCCCCAGCAGCUGCAGGGGCAGACAGCUCUCGGCAGGGGGUGAACGGUUCUGUAAGUGACACUGGGGUCCCAUGUUGUGACCCCUCUGGAACUGCAAAUACUGACAAUCCAACCAAUGACCCCAGCAGACUGCUGGUUGCCCAAACCCCUGCAGUUGCAGAGAGUGGCUCUCGAAAGCCUCUCCCAGUGGAUGCCCUGGGACCUCCAGGCAGUAGUAAUCGGAGCCCUCCUGGCCACACAGCCCUAGCCCAGGGCACUGGCAAACCAGGUUCCAGGCCAGUAUGGUCCCGUCAGCGGCUAGAGGAGCUGGUUCAGGAGCUGGCCAGGCUGGAUCCCUCUCUGAGUGACACCCUGACUGCCCAGCCCAGCCCCGACCCCCCCCUGGAAGUGUUGGAUGGGCUGAUUCCUUUAGCCGAAGUUUUGGCUGCAAUGCGCCCAGCCUGUGGGGAGACUGGAGAAGUGGCUGCUGGUACUUCUGAGCCAAGGUCCUGCCUACAGAGUUCUGCCCAGUUCCAGACCACUUCUCAGGAGGAGACAAGUGCUGAAAACCCCACCGCAUGCCCUACCCCUGACCAGCCGUAUGGCCAGGCCCCCUCUGAGCCAACCAACAGCAUCCAGGACAAGAAGGGGGAGCUCGCUGACCUCCUCCAAAGGAUGCUUCGGGACCUUCAGGCAGAGCAGGAGAGGCUGCGGUCAGCGGCCCAGGCCUGUAGCAGGCGCAGCGCCGCUCUCGAGUCCGUGAUGGGCCAGACCUGUGCACCCCGGGAGCUCGAGAGGUUCCGCCGCUUCAUGGCUGACCUGGAGCGCGUGCUGGGGCUGCUGCUGCUGCUGGCCAGCCGCCUGGCCCGCGUGCGUUCUGCCCUGAUCCGAGUGGGUUCAAACGGCGACCCUGAGGAGCGGGCCUCUCUGCUGCAGCGGCUCAGGCUCCUGGAGCGGCAGCAGGAGGACGCCAAGGAGCUGAAGGAGCACGUGGCGCGGCGGGAGCGGGCGCUGCGCCAGGUGCUCAUGGGGACAUUGGCGGCGGAGGAGCUGCGUGCCUACUGCGGCCUGCUGGCCAGCAAGGCCGCCCUUCUGGCCCAGCAGCGCAGUCUGGACGAGCAGCUCCGUCUCCUCCAGGACCAACUGGACAUCAUCAGCGGUGACCUUGGCCAUCGCUCCCCACCCUUCAGACCGGCCUGGCCUCCAGGGAGCCGACCUCCGGAUAAACCGCCCUUCCCCCCUCCCUUCAUCUAGCUCUGGGUGGCGCAGGCCGGGCUGCUGGCCCUGCUUCCUUCUCACCCAUGCGACUUCCGAAGCGGACAUUGUUUGACUUGGUGCUGGUCCCGUGAGGGCUUCAGGGCCUUGGGGGUGGGGGGUAGGCACGCUAGGCUGGACUUCCGGCGCCCCCCGGGAUACUCCUUCGAAAUGUUCUUACGCAAGUCUCGGGUAUAUUUGGUAAUUAGCUUAAUGGGUCUUAAAAACGGCAGUAUUCUCCCUUUUUUUGUGAGGAAAGAGGGCCUCGUGCCAGGUGUGGAGAAGAGAUAAGGAGAGGGGCACUUCACCUUUAGACAUCAUGUGGCGUGUGUUCGUUUCUGCAAUAAAUAUCGACAAGA